CAGCCUUUUGACACCCACAGCUAACCCGGAGUGUCAGCCGAGCACGGUGACUGCUGUACGACAACACGCACGUGAAUACCUAGACAGCAGGCACCACCUCCUCAUAUUCAUCUUCGUACACACAGUUACACAUUUACACUUUCACACAUUCCACUUUUAUCAUUUUUCUUUACUGUGUUACGACAGUAUACUCCCUUGGCUCAUUCUUCAUCGAUCCAGGCGUGCUCCCAGUAUUGACGCAGCUCAUUAAUCUCAAUCGUUUAAUUCAUGUGUAAAAAUUGAACAGACACGUUCAGAUUUAUUUAAAGUAAACGAGACGACUUAAUUCAUUCUCUAGACAUCCUCCGGAAACAUCAAGGCUGGAAAAGUAAUAGCUAUACGUAGAGAAGAUCAAUCAGUAUGGGAACGGCGAGCACCAUUUGCUCCAAGCAAUGUGGCUCAGUUAACAAGAAAUGGAGUCAAAGUUAUUGUUCAGCCAGCUAAUAGAAGAGCUUAUCCAGUUCAAGCCUAUGUUAACGCCGGAGCAGUGAUACAAGAAGAUAUAUCAGAAGCUUCUGUCAUUUUCGGCGUAAAACAAGUACCUAUAGAUUUAUUAUUACCAAACAAAACAUAUUGUAUGUUUUCACAUACAAUUAAAGCUCAAGAAGCAAACAUGCCUUUAUUAGACUCAAUAUUAGAAAAAAACAUCCGGUUAAUAGAUUAUGAGAAAUUAAUGGAUUCAUCUGGAAAUAGAGUUGUGGCUUUCGGCAAAUAUGCCGGCAUCGCUGGUAUAAUUAAUAUCUUACAUGGUCUUGGAUUAAGACUAUUAGCUUUAGGGCAUCACACUCCGUUAAUGCAUAUAGGACCAGCACAUAAUUACAGAAACUCUAUGAUGGCUAGACAAGCAUUAAGAGAUGCUGGUUAUGAAAUCGCUCUAGGCAUGAUGCCAAAAUCUAUUGGACCAAUUACAUUUGUUUUUACAGGGUCAGGUAAUGUGUCUCAGGGAGCUCAAGAAAUAUUUCAAGAACUUCCUCACGAAUACGUACCACCAUCAAUGCUUCAAAAAGUAGCUGAACAUGGAGCAAGUACCAAAUUUUACGCUUGUGUUGUCAGACGUAGUGAUCAUUUAGAAAGAAAUGAAGGAGGGGGGUACGAUAGAAAAGAGUGUGAAGAGUAUCCAUCAAGAUACAGAUCAACAUUUAAUAAAAAGAUCGCGCCAUACGCUUCAGUAAUUAUUAAUGGAAUUUAUUGGGCACCAGACAGUUCUAAACUAUUAACUGUUCCCGACGCAAAAUCUCUUCUAACUCCUUCCCAGCUACCAUGGAUUCCUGUUUCUGAAGGAGCGCCGGGAUUGCCUCAUAGACUGCUUGGUAUUUGUGAUAUAUCUGCAGAUCCUGGUGGAUCCAUUGAGUUUAUGAAUGAAUGUACAACCAUCGAUAACCCAUUUUGUUUAUAUGAUGCACAUUUACACAAAGACACAAAAAGUUUUAGAGGUUCCGGUGUAUUAGUAUGUUCAAUAGAUAAUAUGCCAACGCAACUUCCAAUGGAAUCAACAGAUUUAUUUGGAAAUUUAGUGCUUCCUUAUGCAAUGGAUAUACUUCAAUCGGAUGCUACAAAACCGUUAAUUGACCAUAAUUUUUCUCCAACAGUUCACGGGGCUAUCAUUGCUAGUAAUGGAUCGUUAACAGAAAAAUUCGAAUACAUCCAAGAAUUGCGAACAUCUAACAGAUCAGUUUCUUUUAAAUUAUAUGACCAUGAUGAAUUUAAAAAAACAGUUCUCGUUUUAGGAUCAGGCCACGUGUGUUCUCCUCUUGUAGAAUAUUUAUUAAGAAAUGAGUCAAUAGUUAUUAAACUUGGUUCUGCUGAUAUGAACCGAGCUAACAACAUUUCAAAUAAAUUUAAUAGGGUGCAGCCAAUAGCAAUCGACAUUCUUGAAGACAUUGAAAAUUUAAAGAAAUUAGUAAAAGAGGCAGAUUUGGUAGUUUCUUUACUUCCAAGCCAGUUUCAUCCAUUAGUAGCUGAACAAUGUAUUGAGCAAAAAAAAAAUAUGGUAACUGCUUCAUAUUGUUCUGAUGAAAUGAAACAACUACAUAACAGAGCAGAAGAAGCUGGUAUUACUAUAGUAAACGAAAUUGGGCUCGAUCCAGGGAUUGAUCAUUUACUGGCAAUGGAAUGUAUAGAUCAAAUACAUGAAGAAGGUGGUAAAAUAGAAUCAUUUGUUUCAUACUGUGGUGGUCUACCCGCACCUGAAUAUUCUAGCAAUCCCAUUCGAUAUAAAUUUUCAUGGUUCCCUCGCGGAGCGCUCAUCAAUACUAUAUCAGAAGCAAAAUAUCUACAAGAUCACGAAAUUAUUGAAAUUCCAGCAGGAGGUGCAUUGAUGGAUAAUACAAAAGAAUUACAUUUUUUACCUGGAUUUGCGUUUGAAGGAUAUCCUAAUCGAGAUAGUACUCAAUAUGCCCAUCUAUAUGGUGUGGCAGCUGAAGUGAAAACUAUGCUCAGGGGAACCAUACGAUAUAAAGGUUUUUCUGAAAUGAUGAAAAUUCUUCAAAAAUUACAAUUGAUUAGCUCUAAAAAACAUGCUGCCCUACACCCUAAUGGACCUGACAUUACAUGGCGUCAGCUCAUUUGUACCUUACUAGAACUCAAUACCGAUAUUUUCUACGAGAACUUACUGUCAAAGGUUGGUGAUAAAAUUGGUGACUCAUACGUUAAAAAAGUAGUGGAUCUUGGAUUACUACAAGAUGAACCAGUCAAAAAAUUAGGAUCACCAUUAGACACAUUUUCUCAUUAUAUCGGUUCAUAUUUGGCCUUAAAUGAAAAUGAAAGAGAUUUAGUAGUCUUAUAUCAUGAAAUUGGUGUUUUAUGGCCAGGAAAUAGACAUGAAAAAAAAAUAGUAACACUUGUGACAUAUGGUGAUAUGAAGGGAUAUACAGCAAUGGCUAAAACUGUAGGGAUUCCAGUAGCUAUUGCGUCAGAUAUGGUUCUUCAAGGCGAGAUUCAAGCUAAAGGAAUGGUAUUGCCAUUCACUCCGGAUAUUUAUAGACCAAUGUUAACAAGACUGAGACUUGAAGGAAUAUCAGCUCAAACUAUUAACAUACAACUAUAGAAAUUAAUAUAGUUCAACUCAAAUAAAAUAAUUUAUAAAUCUAUUCAAA